AUGAGAGCUCUAAUAAGCUACUUGGUGAAAAAGUGCGAACGAACCAAGUACAGACUGGAGGUCAUCGAGAGGAGGUACAAGCUCUUCUCUUGUGGUGUUCCAAUGGUACUUCUCAUGUCCUUAACCAUCAGCAUAGGCACCUUCCUAAUAGAUUUGCAGUACAGAAUAAGGAACACUCGGCAACAGAAUAUUAACAUCCGAGAAAAUAAACUGAUGGAGGAGAAGAACAAGCUACUGAAAAUUUUGAGAGAUUACGAUUGCGUCAAUUACGAAAAUGUGCCCAUCAAGCGUGACUAA